CACCCUGCCAGUCAACCAGUAAGGACACGUCAAGGGGUAACUGUGAAUUCCUAGAUCUCGCUGCAUGUUGGCCUCAAUCGUACAUAGCCUCUCCCUUGCGUGUUGUUCAACAUAUCGGACUCUCGUGGAACGUUCUCGACUUGCUAACAUCAACGCGUUUGUUGACUAAAUUGCCAAUGCCUGUGGAGCAUCCCUCUGCUGUCGACAGGGCGAACUUUUCGCCAACCGAGCGUACUCCCAACCCGAUUGGAUGGACGUGUUCUCCCUGGCAUCGCGUGUCUGCCAGCUUGCGACACGGGGCCGAGUUGUUCGUUGCGUCUGGAGAAAACCCAUUUUAGGAGGCAUAUGUCAAGUAUGGCGCUUGAGUUGCUUCUCUUUCGUUCUGCGGCCUGUCUCGCUUGUUGGUAUCCGUGCAUGCACUUCUGUCUAUUGCUCCAUCUCGUUGCUCCGCUUCUCAACCCCAAACGCACGGACCAUAUACUCUGGUAUAAAGCCUUCGUCUGGUUUGCAUGCUUCCUCAGUCGAACAAUCACCACGUUCACUGUCCAGUUACCUUCGUCGCUCUUUUCGUUCUCAACGCAACUUCCACUCUCUUUUUCAACGUCCCUCUCGACAUUCAAAAUGUUCAUUCGUGCGUCUCUCCUUUUCCUGGCCACCAGCGCCGCUCUCGUCGCCGCCCUCCCCUGCAACGAUCCCUCGCACAAUCACCCUUCAUCCGUCAACAAUCCACCAACCUUGCCCACCGGCUCCCCGCCCAACUGGCCCACAGAGUCUAACUCCUGGCCUCCAGUCUCCGUCCCAGCUGGUUCUCCGCCUUCUUUACCUAGCGGUUCUUCUUACCCAGGCUGGUCUGGUAUCCCUUCCUUGCCCACCGUCAUUCCCAGUACGCCUGGCGGCUCGAGCGGUCACCCAUCGAACCUUCCUAACAAUCCUAGCGGUACAAUCCCCAACAUACCUACCAACCCUCCUUCGAAGCCUACGUCCCCGUUGCAUCCCGGGACCACCUCCGCAUUGCCUACUGAAAUAACUUCUGCGCCUUCGACCCAGCCUAGUGAACCUGCUUCAGGUGGAUCUGGAUCGGGGUCCGGUGGCUAUGGAUCGGGUGGGGGUCAUUGCAACACUGGUCCAGUUCAGUGCUGCAACAGCGUGCAGUCUGCUGGUUCACCUGAGGCCAGCAAACAGCUUGGAUUGUUGGGCAUCGUGUUGGGCGAUGCGAAUAUCCCGGUUGGCUUGACGUGCUCACCUAUCACCGCCGUUGGUGCUGGAGGUGGUGGCAACUGUGCCGCCACUCCUGUCUGCUGCGAGAACAAUUCCUACAGCGGUGUAGUGAACAUCGGUUGCGUUCCGAUCGUGAUUCAGGGUUGAGCUCUCGCGCUUCGCCUGUCGGCAGUGCAAUCUAUGUUAUCAUCACUUUAAUCGCGUUCUCUUGUGUCCUUUGAUGUCGUCCUGCUCUAAAAACUACGUCGAAGGGUCUUGUACUCAUGUUGAUCGCGACUCUUCCCACUCAGCAUGCGUCGUCUCACUUCGUAUCGGUUGUACGCGACUUGUGCAGUCAGACUCGUAGUAUCCCAGUGACAUAUAUACAUUACAUUCUCGAUCUCAAUAAUCAAUCAUUCUAUCAUCAAUCCUCACAUUUAUAUUCUAUUCAUCUGUGCUUUCUCUUUCAUUCUGCUAUACACUCAACAUCGAUGAGGUUGUACAAUCUCACUGUAAACUUUGUAAACUUUAACUUUGCGUUGGAAUC